AUGUUUUUGAGAGGACCAAGAGCCACUAAGUUGCAACCAUUAAGGUUUAUUAGAGGAUUUAAGAUAGGUGAUAGAAUUCCAAAAGGAGUCGCCGGUAUUCAAGAGAAUUCACCAGGGAAUACAAUUGACAUCGGUGAAGAAGUUAGCAAUGGUAAAAAUAUUAUAAUUGGAUUACCAGCUGCAUUUUCACCAGCAUGCUCAUCAUCACAUGUGCCAGGGUUUAUUAAACAUUUAAAGGAAUUUGAAAACAAGGGAUUUUCUAAAAUCUUAGUCACUACAGUCAAUGAUUCCUUUGUCACCAAAGCAUGGAGUGAAUCAUUGAAUUGUCCAAAAGAGAUAAGAAUAAUUGCUGAUACACAAGGUAAUUUUGCCAAAAAAGGUGGCUACUUAUUCGAUGCUAAAAACGUAUUAGGAAAUGAACGUUCUAUGAGAUACGUGCUAAUAGUUGAAGAUGGUAUAGUAGUUAAGGAGUUUUUAGAACCUGAUAAGAUAGGUUUAAAAGUGUCUUCAGCAGAAAACGUGAUCAAUUCAUUAUGA